AUGACGUGGAAACAGGAGUCAGGAAAGCAUUUACGGCUCCCUCCGGCCCCCGACCCGCCGGCUGCCGCGGGCCCCGCGCCGAGGAGCGGGCAGGGCGGGCAGACCAUCUGCACCGAGACGGACUGCGGCCCCGGAAGGUCAGCGCCCCGACGAUCGCCGUCUGAACAGCAGGCCACCCAGGCCUCCCAGCAACACAGGGACAUCUGCUCCCCUUCAUUCAGAACCCGGGUUCCGAUUUCAUCAACUCCCCCCACCCCCUGCUCCCGGCUGACUCGGGCUCCCGGGAGUGCAACGGGGACGGGAGGGGCAGAGCAGACGCGCCGCCAGCCCCCUGCUCCCCCCUUAGGAGCCGAGCAGCUGAGUCCGGCGUGGCGGGGGAGGGAGUCACCCACGUGA